CGUCUUGCAUCACCAGCAAAAGGGACAUCUUUUUUGUCCCGUACCUAGGUAACAAACGCCCAUCAAAAUCUGCAUUUGAUUUUCUUUAGAAGCCAACUUCAAAUUCUCCGACUCUAUCUACGCGCAUAGUAGCGCUACAGUUUACAAGCAUCAUCACCAUGUCGUACACCGAGAGCUCCCAACCCCAGCCGACCUUUGAAGACAUGUUUAGGCCAUGGUCGCCCGCGGAUGAUCCAGACAAGCCGCCGUUCCCAUAUAUCACCGGCUUCACCGCGCAAAUUGACCGCCACUCAGCCCCUCCGCCGUUCGGCCAGCCCCAUUAUGGCCCUGGUCCGAGGCCAGGCCACUCAUCGCGGUACCUGCACGACGUUCCUCAAAGCGAGCUGGUCGUCGACCACCCCCCUCUCGACACGCCGCCGCCGCCGCCUGAGACCGCACGGCUGACCGUCCACGCGCCCAUGUCCGUGGGCUGCCACCGCGGCGCCCAGGUUGUUGCGUGCUCUGUCACGCCCCACGGGGGAGGCGAGCCGUUCCAGGCGGUCGCAAAGAUCUAUGAUGCCCUGUAUUACAGGUUCACCGAGUCGUACGCCGACGCACCCCGUGAUGUAGUGCGGGAAGCCGACGGGGACUACAGCCGCGAGGCCGCCGCCUACGAGCAUCUCCAGGCUACGGGACAGACUGGCUCCUUUGCCCCCGCCUACUACGGCUCGUGGACACUUAACCUUCCCAUCACCAGCAGAGGCAAGGCCUAUCUCAGGCCGGUCCGCUUGAUCCUGAUCGAGCGACUCGAUGGGCCCUCUAUUAAAGACAGCCUUAUAUAUAACGGAUCGGGAAAUGCGGACAAGGACGCGUUUCACUAUCCGCUUGAGUAUAGGCUGGAGAUCCUAGCGCUGGCUAUGGAUGGCUAUGUCAGGCAGCAACACUCCGGGAUCGACCAGUGGGACUUUGCCGGGCGCAACGUCAUCCUCGCCCCAAGGCUACCCUCGAACGAGCCUGCUGUUGUUGUUGCGGGAAUGUCUCUGCCACGCGUUGUGCUUAUCGACUACAAUACGGCCGCUGUGUACCCACUGACCGAGAUGGGAAGACCCCCUCUUAUGGACUGGCCACGGCCCUGGAAUCCAAUGACUCACUUCUGGGGCUUGCCUAUGAAUGACUUUUGGGGGUGGGUCCCUCAUGAAUGGCAUGAUAAUCAAAAGUUUAUCCAGGAGUGGCUCCUGUCAAGGUUCGGCACCGAAGAAAAGCGGAAGCUGUACGCCCCGGUGGAAAGAGAGAUGGUCAUCAUAGACGAUGACCUGCCCCUGCAUUAGUGAUUUUGGGAGAAGCCGCGAAUACGUUGAUGUCGUUUGUACUAGGUUGUUGGUUGGUUAAGAAAGAGAAGCAGCAGUGGAUCACCUGCUCAGAUGGACUGGCUGGGUAUUCUGAGGUCAAAAUAGGUAUGGAUGCCUUAAAAUGCAUAUGCUGCCAUAGUGAUGCUAGGCAGGGCUUCAGAAAAGAUGGCAUGUAGAACAUAAUACGAGCCAAAUUGGCCACACAAAGUCUACUCCCAAACAGGGGCGUCAGUUGGACUGAUCGGCUGCUUGAGUUCUUCUACGAUCCACUCGAGCACUACAAGACUUACCGUAAUUACCUGAAUGGGCAAUAGAGGACGGUGUGAAUUUGCA